AUGGGUUUCCGACGACUUUUGUUAGCGGCGUUAGCGGCGGUGCUAGUGUCCAUUACCGACGGUGAUGGCGGUGGCGGUGGUUUAUGUGCCGCCAAUGUUCUUAUCCACGGCUACAAGUGCCAGGAAUUCGAUGUAACAACAGAUGAUGGAUACAUAUUAAGUGUUCAGAGAAUCCCCCAAGGCCGUUCAGGCGGUGGCCACCGCCGGAAAAAGCCACCGGUCUUGUUACAACAUGGCCUUCUUGCGGACGGGACGACAUGGGUAAUGAACAGUCCAGAAGAGUCAUUACCGAUGAUACUAGCCGACAAUGGUUUCGACGUUUGGAUUGUCAACACCAGAGGAACCGCCUACAGUCGUCGACACCUCUUUCUUAACACAUUUCAACAAAAAUAUUGGGACUGGUCCUGGGAUGAACUAGCCGCACACGACUUCCCCACCGCUAUCAAUUUCGUAUACAACAAAACCGGUCAUCAAAAGAUCAACUACAUCGGCCAUUCACUCGGAACAUUAAUAGCCUUAGCAGCAUUAUCAGAAGGAAAUCAAAUAAACAAAUUGAGAUCAGCUUCAUUACUAAGCCCAAUUGCUUACUUAAGUCACAUGAAGACCGGUCUCGGCAAUAUAGCCGCCAGAUCCUUACUUUCCGAGGCCUAUAAGUUUAUGGGCAUCGCUGAAUUCGAUCCAUUAGGAUUUCCGGUGAAGGAAUUCGUGAAAAUGAUAUGUAAUCAACCUGGUGCCAAUUGUUAUGAUUUGUUAUCUGGAUUCACUGGAAAUAAUUGUUGUUUAAAUACAUCAACUUUCCAUAACUUCAUUGAGACUGAACCUCAACCUUCUUCAUCUAAAAACAUGAUGCAUUUGGCUCAGACUGUUCGAUCUGGGAUACUCUCAAAGUAUGAUUAUGUGAAUCCAAUUAUCAAUUUGUUUCAUUAUGGACAAUUUUGGCCUCCUGUUUAUAACCUUGCCAAUAUUCCUCGUGACUUCCCUCUUUUUCUCUCUUACGGCGGCAACGAUGAUCUCUCCGACACGGUUGAUGUUAAUAACUUACUCGACAUCCUUAAAGACCACGACACCGAUAAGAUUUUUACACAGCAAGUUGAAAAUUAUGGACAUAUUGAUUUUAUUUUGGCUGUUAAUGCUAAAGAUGUCGUCUUCAAUCAAAUUGUGAAAUUUCUCAAGAAGCGGUUUUAA